UCUCAUUUUACAGUUGCACUAUCGCUUGCCGCCUCCCACGAAGCACAACAGUUCACAGUCUUACCCUGUUAGUUACCUUUUGUGCCUCAACUGAGCAUGUCGUCCCGGCCAGAUAUGCUGUUUUGGAUCGUUCUGCUGGGAUUCAUUGCCGUGACCACCGGCAUGGACUGCACUGGCGAGCCUGAUGGAAUAUAUGAGUACAACUGCUUCUCUUACGUGAUAUGUUCGCAAGGAGUGGCCACUGAGAUAUUGUGCAACAGUACACAAGUGUUCGAUCCUGACCAACAGAAAUGCGUGACCCCCGGUAUCCAAAACUGGCCAUGUACUGACGUUCAAAGCUGCCUGAACCAACCUGACAACAGAUACCCCGACUACGCCAACGCCUGCAUGACCUACUACACCUGCCAAUUCGGUAUCUUCUACGGGCACAAUUUCUGUCCACCAGGGCUCGUGUUCGACUUUAAAAAUCAGCUGUGCAACUGGCACUUCAACGUCCAGCCUCCGUGUGGCACAUGUACGGAGGAUUGCUGAUGUAGUUACAGCGCGAUGACACAGGCUGAGGGUGUGGGGUCUGUUUGUUUGUGUUGAAAAAGACACCCAUAACAGUGAAUGCAAUAAUAAACAUACACUUUUUCAACACAAAAUGCACAUACAACCAAAGCAGAUUAAAGACUAAUCUACUACACC